GGGGAAUGCCAAGUUGGUUUCCCCCCGUUGUCCUCUAUUCUCGUGGGACUAAUGAAACAGUAUUUCUGCCCUACAGACAUAAUCUGAUCCAGCCAGGCUGGCUGGCUGACAACGCGUGGGUGAAGAAAUGAAUUACCCAAGGUCAUUUUACUACAAGGCGCGCCACGACUCAUCCACGGAGCCCUUCGGCUUUUGCCAUGGGGUUUGGGGCGGCGAAUGUGAUUCCAGCCCUGACAAACGCCCCCCCCAUCAGCUCUCGUCCCUGCCUGGGGGGAGAUGUGGGGGGAGGUCGGAAGGCGGCACACGCGAGAUCUCCGGUCUCUACUGGCUGCUAGUGCUCCUGGUGCGCCGGAGAAGGGAAGGGGGGAGCGGAGCCAAGCGGGAGGGCCAGGCGGGCAGGAGGAGGCGGAGCUGGGCCUGGCGGUGGUGCAUUGUCUGCCGGGCUUAACCCCUCGCGUGCUGCGAGCCGUGCAGGGGGGCAUGGAGACGGUAAGGGGUGGCAGCGCAGGGCGGGCGAGGGGCUGGGGAGGAAAGGGGGAGCCUUCGCCGGAAGGCACCCGGCUGCGCACAGUACCAAGGGACCUUGGGGAAGGCCACGCCGUACGCUGCCCCGGGAGCGGGAGAAGGGACAAAGAUCCUGGCAAGGGGGGGGCCUGGCAACGAGGCUCAGGUCUCCAGGCCCGGGCAUCGGGCAAGGGGGCCCUCGCGGAAGGCGCGCCCCGAAGCUGCUGCGCUUGUGCGCUCUGGCCGGGGCUGCGAGAUGUUGGGUUUAUGGAGAGCGCGCUCCCUCUGCCCCGGCAUGCGGAGAUGAGGGAGCCCAGCGAAAAGCAAGAAUUUGGGAGGUACAAGGAGGCUACGGAGACCUCGAGAUUCCUGUAGGGAAGGACCUGCGGUUCCAAGGUGCGAAGAGGAAGGUGUAAGCAUGUGGCCCCGAUCCUUCCCAAGCGCGAUCCUUUGCAGAGAGGGGGCCGCUCCCUUUAGGCCCCGAGCGGACCUGCGGGAUGUGCGUGUCCCUGGGGCAUGCGCGUGGCACCGUAAACCUAAGCGGGCUCAGUUUUCCUUCCCAGCUUCGGUUCCGCCACAAGAUUUCCCCUGGGUCACGCCAUACAUUCAGAACACUCCAAUGCCACCUUAACAGUCCUGGAGAAUCCUGGGAACUGUAGUUUGUCGAGGGUGCUGGAACAUGUAGUUCUGCGGGGCCAGCAGCCUUGACAAACUACAGUUCCCAUGGUUCUUUCUUUUGGGGGGAGAGCCCAAAAAAGAGUGAUACAAGAGUAGUUUCAAGGUAUGGUGCAGGAGUGGCCUUGGUAUGACAAAGAGUCUAACUUGGAGACUUGUUUUUUUCUAGGUGUGAUUUACAUUGUUUUAUCUUACCCUCUGCAUACAUGCGUCAUUCUCACUACAACCCUGAAGGGCGAGCUCUGAUUCGCCUUUAUGCCAAGCUACAAUUCCCAGGAUUUUUUGUGGGAGUUAACAGUGGUAUAAGGCUGCUUUAAAGUUAUGGUGUGGGUGCUAAAUGCCUUCCUGCUGGCUUGCCCUUUCCUCUCUCAUCCCUGUGUCUGUAAGUGUCAGAGAGGGAGAGAGGGAUGCUGCUUCUACAGCCCAGUAGCACCAGACCUCUACAGGAGGACCCCUUUACUACCUUAUCUGGCAAAAUCUUUAUCCAGGCCAGAGCUAGCAGUGUGGGAGCCUCACCCAGGUUUGUCCCCAUCUACUGACACGCUCUUCUCUCCCAUGCAGAUGGAAUCGGUACCCUACCCAGGCUUCCCAGUGGAUGCUGAAAACAAUGGACCCUUUCCUCUCGAGGAGGACGAUCCCAGCGUCCCAAAGUACAAUCCGCUUUCUUUCUCCUUUUCCUUUCCUUACCUUUAUAAACCCAAUGAGGGCUGCUCAAUUCUUUGCCCAUUUACCUGGGAGUGAGUGAACUCAGCUGGGUCUUUCUUCUGGGGAAACAUGUGCAAGACCAGGCUGUGUGACACUUAACAGUCCUGGGGUUGCAUAUGCUCUGAUGUCCAUGUGGCACUUGAGACUUCGAUGUGGCACUUUUGCAAUAACUCUGGUCUUGGCAGGUGGUGGUGGUUGUAGAACUGCGUGCCCAAGGAAGAUUGGCCUCUCCCAAUUCCCUGGGCACCUCCCCUCAUUCCACAAACAUGGGGCCACCACCGAAAAGGCUCCGUCAUGGGCCACCAUCAACCAGGCAGGGCCCUGUGAAGACACCACCACUAAGGCCUCGCCUGCCGAUUGCAGUGUUUGGGGUGGUUGAUCUAGGCAUCAUUUGUGCAAUGCAGAAAGGAGAGUAACUUGGGAGAAAAUGACAAGUGUUCUUCUGGUCAAUGUAGGUCUUUGAUUCACAGGCUCAGGGAACCCACAUUUCAGUGUGAACAUCCACUUUGUGAAAAAAACUAAAGGACUUUUGGGCCACCCCAACCCUUGGGAUUUUUAUGUAUUUUUAAUGGGCAUGUGAGAUUUGUGUGAGGAAGGUUCUGUAAGGAUGCCCUGUCUAAAUGGCUUGUCCUUUAGGUUCGCAGUCGUCAAACCACAUUUCCCCUGGAUGGAGCACGGGGAGGAGAUGCAGCUACCAGAGCCGGGAGAGAGGCAGGAGCUGACGGUGGUCAACGCAGGUAAGGAGCAAUGGCUUGCUUGCACAGAGGGGACAAUGCGGUCUAGCGGUUAGAACUUUGGACUUUGGGGAAAUCAAGCUCUACAUCCCCACAUGGCCAGGACGCUCACGGGGGUGACUUUGGGCUGGGUGGUCUUAGGCCUGCGAUGAUUUUGUUAUACAGGUGAAACUCAAAAAAUUAGAAUAUUGUGGAAAAGUUCAUUUAUUUCAGUAAUUCAACUUAAAAGGUGAAACUAAUAUAUGAGAUAGACUCAUGACAUGCAAAGCGAGAUAUGUCAAGCCUUUAUUUGUUACAAUUAUGAUGUUUAUGGUGUACAGCUGAUGAAAGCCCCAAAUUAACAAUCUCAGAAAAUUAGAAUAUUAAAUGAAAUCAGCAAAACAAGGACUGCAAAUAGAGCAAUAUUGGACCUCUGAGAAGUAGAAGCAUGCACAUGUACUCAGUACUUGGUUUGGGCCCCUUUUGCAUCAAUUACUGCCUCAAUGCGGCGUGGCAUGGAUGCUAUCAGCUUGUGGCACUGCUGAGGUGUUAUGGAAGACCAGGAAGCUUCAGUAGCAGCCUUCAGCUCUUCUACAUUGCUCGGUCUCAUGUCUCUCAUCUUUCUCUUGGCAAUGCCCCAUAGAUUCUCUAUGGGGUUCAGGUCAGGUGGGUUUGCUGGCCAAUCAAGCACAGUAAUCCCAUGGGCAUUGAACCAGGUUUUGAUACUUUUGGCAGUGUAGGCAGGUGACAAAGUCCUAUUGGAAAAUGAAAUCAGCAUCCCCAUAAAGCUCGUCUGCGGAAGGAAGCAUGAAGUGCUCCAAAAUCUCUUGGUAGAUGGCUGCAUUGACCCUGACUUAAUGAAGCACAGUGGACCAACACCAGCUGAUGACAUGACUCCCCAAAUCAACACAGACUGUGGAAACUUCACAUUGGACUUCAAGCAUCUGGCAUUGUGUGCCUCCCCAUUCUUCCUCCAGACUCUGGGUCCUUCGUUUCCAAGUGAGAUGCAAAAGCUGCUCUCAUCAGAAAAGAGAUUUGGGGAGCCAUGUCAUCAGCUGGUGUUGGUCCACUGUGCUUCAUUAAGUUGGGUGGCUCCCAACAGAGUAUUAAAAACACAAUAAAACAUCAUACAUAAAAACUUCCCUAAACAGGGCUGCCUUCAGGUGUCUUCUAAAAAUCAGAUUUAUUUCCUUGACACCUGAAGGGAGGGCUUUCCAGAGGGAGGGUGCCACUACUGAGAAGCCCCCUUUGCCUGGUUCCCUGUAGCCUCACUUGCCUACACGCUCCUGUGACAAUAGGCCUGAUCCAGCACAGCACUUCUUCACGAUCUUCCUUUCUCCCACCAGGUUCUGACACACCAAGUGAGGAAGAGGAGGAAGUGGUGGAAGGUGCUGAGGAGCAAGGGGCCUCGACUUGCCUGGAGAGUUGGGACUGGGGCCAAUCAGCAACAGGAGAGAAGGACGCGGAGGCCUCUGUCACCAUAGACCCUCGGCCGUUCCGCUGCUCGGAGUGUGGCAAGGGCUUUGCCCAGAGCUCAAACCUGGUGAAGCACCAGAGGAUCCACACCGGGGAGCGCCCGUUCCGGUGCCCCGAAUGCGGCCGCGGCUUCAGCUGGAGCUCCUCACUGGCGGAGCACCUCAAGGCGCACGGCGGGCGCCGCCCCCACGCCUGCGGCGAGUGCGGGAAGCGCUUUGCCCGGGGCUCUACGCUCGCGGAGCACCAGCGGGUGCACACGGGGGAGAAGCCUUUCCGGUGCCACCAGUGCGGGGCCCGUUUCUCACAGAGCUCCACCCUGGCGCACCACUUGCGCACACACUCGGGCGAGCGUCCCCAUGCCUGCCCUGACUGCGGGAAGCGGUUCGGGCGCAAGUCCACCCUCGUCACUCACCUGCGGACCCACACCGGCGAAAAGCCCUACCUGUGCAGGGAGUGCGGCCGCUGCUUCGGCGUCAGCUCUGACCUGGCCAAGCACGUGCGCAACCAUCGCACCAACGGCAGUGGCUGGGGGAAUGCCGCUGCAGAAGUGCCCUGCCCUACUCCGCUGCCAGCUGCAGAUCGGGGCAGGCAGCAAAAUGAAUAUGCUUCGCUUGAGGGCUCAGAUGCAGGUGGGCAGCAAAAUGACCGUGCAGAGGAGGAGGAAGAGGAGGAAGAGAAAACCUUUAUGUGCUCUGAGUGUGGGGAAGGCUUCGGGCAGAGUUCUGAGCUGACUCAGCAUCAAAAGAUCCAUCUGAGUGAAGUUGCGCACUGCUGCCAUCAGUGUGGAGAAACCUUCCCUGACCAGUCAGAACUAGGCGCCCACGUGGCAAGUCACAGUGUGGAAGAGAAGCCACACAAAUGCUCUGACUGUUAUGCUUGCUUCUCUGAAAACUCUGCCCUCCAGAUACAUCAGAGACUACACCUUGGAGAGUUAUCCCACUUCUGCCACCAAGGAGGAGAGAACUUCCUUGAUAGCUCUGAUUUGGAGGAGCCCCACAGCACCCACAAUGGGAAGCAGAAUCCCUUUGAGUGUCCGGAGUGUGGGGCCCACUUUGCCGAGGCCACUGCUUUGGCCGCACACCAGACAACCCACCUGGAUGUGGAAUCGUUUCCCUGCCCCCAGUGUGGGAAAACCUUCCUUGAUCGUGAUGAGUUGGCCCUUCACCAAGUGAGUCAUGCUGGCAAAGGAGAUGAGGAGGCAGAAGAGAAGCCUUAUAAAUGUACCAUCUGCAGCACUUAUUUCCCGGACAGCAGUGAUCUCCUGGCGCAUAAAGUGAGCCAUGGGGCGGAUGGAAGAUCCCACUCCUGCCACCAGUGUGGCGAAACGUUUCCUAGUGACUCGGAGCUUGCCAUUCACCAGCUGAGCCACACGACAGAGGCCGCCUUAGACAAGCUGUACUCCUGCGCCGUGUGUGGCAAGUCCUUUGCGCUAUUUGCCACGCUGGCGGCGCACGAGCGCACCCACAUGUCAGACGACGAUGCCUACCGGUGCCCGACGUGCGGCGAACGUUUUCCAGACAGCGGCAAGCUGGGGAGGCACCAGCGUCGCCACUUGGGCGAGGAGAGGCCCUUCCGGUGCCCGGCGUGUGGCAAGGGAUUUGUGUUGCUUUCGGGGCUGCGGCAGCACCAACGCGACCCUCCGGCCCGGUGUCCUCAGUGCGGCGAGACCUUCGUGUGGCGCUGCCGACUCACCGAGCACUGCCGCAGCUGCCACCCGGCGGAGCGCCCCUACAAAUGCCCCGAUUGCGGCAAGGGCUUUGCCCAGAGCUCAAAGCUCCUGCGCCACCAGGUGACGCACACCGGCGAGAAGCCGUUCAAGUGCCCCGACUGCGGCAAAAUCUUUAGCCAAAGCUCCAACUUGGCGGAGCACCGCCGCACGCACGCCCCGGGCAAGGCGCACUGCUGCGCGAUCUGCGGCAAGGCUUUCGCCCUGGGCUCCUACCUAGCCAAGCACCAGGCCACACACACGGGCGCCCGCCCUUUCCGGUGCACCGAGUGCGGCAAGGGCUUCCGACAGAGCUCCAACCUCAUCCAGCACCAGCGGACGCACACCGGCGAGAGGCCCUACGCCUGCGCCUCUUGCGGCAAAUCCUUCACCCAGAACUCGCACCUGGUCAAGCACCGGCGAGUUCAUACAGCCGAGAGGCCGUACCGCUGCCCCGUCUGCGGCAAGAGCUUCCGGCAGCGCGGCAACCUGGCUGAGCACCAACACCAGCACGCCGGCACCCGCCCGUACGUCUGUGGCGCCUGCGGGAAGUCAUUCCGGUGGAGCUCCGCUUUUUCCAAACACCAGCGUACUCACCUUGCUCCCUGACCCUGUGAGGAAGGGGAGGGGGGGGAGCAAGAAGUCCUUCCCCCAUAUUGGGCCUUCUCCGAGCACCAACGGACCUUUCUUCCUUUCUCUCAGUUUCCUACAUCUAAACAGGAGAUCCCUUUCUAAGAAUACAGACCAGUGGACUUGGGCUGUGCCCUGAUCCUGAUCUUUCGUCUUAAACUUUGCCCCUUCAAUCUGACGCUGAGUAUAGCCUUCUGCCUCCUGACUCUGAGGCCUGGCCUUCACGCAAACAGGAAACGGAUUUUGAAACUCUAAUGGUGCUGACAGAAUCACCCUUUGCAAACUGAUGGCCCUGCAACUUCAAUUUCCAUCCCCUUCUCUAAAAUCUAAAAUGGUCUUCAUGCUGUUUCUGGGAUUUUUCCCAAGGGAGCAAACCUCGUAGAUUCUUGUCUCGUUCUCUGAGCAUCACUAAUCUUUGUCGUCAUGCCCUGGUUAAUUUUCUAAUUUCUAAUUUCAGACUUCUGAUUCUUAUCUUUAAAUUUCAGCGAUCUGAAUUCAGUCCCUGACUGAAUUAUGUAACACCUGAAACUUUAUAUUUAGCCUGUGUGAGACUCCCAUUUCAAAGCCUGAAAUUCUAACCAGCAAGUCCUCAACUUCAUCCUUGAGCCAGUCUUGUUUCCCAGAUGUUAAGGAGACCCCAACGGAGAAGUGACAGACAUUGAAGCUGGCCAUUGUCCUCUGAACUUGAACUCAGGGCUUCAGGCCUUACUUUGUUCCCAGCAGGAGCCUGUCAAAUGUACUAUGGUCUUCUGUCCAUGGACAGCAUGAGCUUGUUGAGAGGGGCGGGGGCAGUGAUAGUCAAAACUAUAUUUUGUAAAAUUGGGAAAACAUUUGAGAAAGUUUGUUUAUUUUUCUGUUACAUUUAUUCUGCUGUCCCUCCAAGAAACUCAGGGCAGGUCUUUUGGGCGUUAGUUACCGCCCUUUUAUCUUCCCUAUUGUCCUGUGAGAUGGUUUGAGCUGUUUCCCCCCUCAAAGUUACUAAAAACAGCUUUGUGGCCCAGGUCUCUGGGCGAGUGGGAGCAUUUCUGCCCUCAUGGAAGCUUUUUUGGAAGAGGACGGCCUGGCCUUUCUGUUCUUGCAUCAUUAUCCCCUCUAUUCUGAGGUCACAUUCACACCAUACAUUUAAAGUACCCUGAUACCACUUUAAACAGUCAUGGCUUCCCCCAAAGGAUUCUGGGAGCUGCAGUUUGUGAAGGGUGCCGAGGGCUGUUUGGAAACCCCUGUACCCUUCAAAGAGCUACAGAAUUCCCUGUGAAGAGGGAUCAGUCGUUAAAUGACAUCUGGCGGCCAUUUUGUAUGAGCCACCGGUCCAACUGAGGAAGCAAGAUCCGUGCCAGCAAUGGGGAACCUGUGGCCUUCCAGAUGUUGCUGGAGUCCAGCUCCCCACAGCCCUGGGGGACAUAGCUGUCAGGGAUGAUGGGAGUUGUAGUCCAGCAACAUACUGAGGGCCGUGAGCUCCCCAUUCCCAGUCUAAACCAUUAAGGGCAAUGAGUGAAAGGAAGGAAGGAAAGUGUAAAUAUAGCUAGUUUGCAUGAUGUUUAAACAAACAGGAAAAGCAAAUCUCUUCCCACAAAGGGGCAAAAUGUCACCUCCUCUUAGUUUCUUUACUUUCUGUUCCUUUCAGGCCAAAUGGAACUAUUGCAUUUGACUCACAUCUUGAACAGGGGGUUGUGGAGGAAAUGAAUGAGGCUGACGCGUGGCAUAUUUUCUUUAUUGCCUUUAAAAGAAACUGCUGUUUGGGGAGGGACUCGUCUGGGUCAGGAUAUUGGAGAUGGGGUAGGGAAAGAAAAUUCUUCCUGGGCAAGAGUUUUAAAAGCGUUCUUUGGAAUAUAUAUAUAUAUAUAUAUAUAUAUAUAUAUAUAUUUAUAUGUAUUGUGCUGAGCAUCAACUCCCACGCCCCUUAUUAAAAACUAAUUGGCUUUAGUCAAAAGGAGUCUUUCCCACAAGUGGAACUCCCUUUUAAUGACUCCCCCCCCCAAAAAAAAAGCCCAAAUGAAACCCCUCCGAGAUUCAUUUAUUUUUUAUUAACAGAGUGGAAAGUUUCUUAGAAAUGAAGUUAGAUGGAAAUGCUAAUAUUUGUCAUAGGGAUAUACCUAUCAUAAAAGACAGGAGAGAGAGGACAUCGGUGACACCCCAUUGCAAUUCACGUGUUUAUUCAGAAAUGAGCCCCGCAGUGUUCAAUGCAGGUGAGCCGGGUUCCACCCAACAUUGUGGGUGCCCAGUGUGCAUGUGUGACUAGGAGGUAGUGUCUUAUAUGGGUGCCAGAGGGCUAGGCUGUGGCAGAAGUAGGGAGCCUGUGGCCUUUCAGAUUUUGUGAGACUACAGUUCCCAUCAUUGUAGCCAUUGGCCAUGCUGGCUGGGGCUGAUGGGAGCUGGAGUACAGCAUCAUCUGGAAGGCAACAGGUUCUCCAUCUCUGGUCUGUGCUAAGAUACAAAAUAGCAUUUUGAGCUUCUGUGUUUGUAGAAAAACUCAAGUCAGACCACUGGUCCAUCUAGCCAGCCAGUAUCAUUUACCAACAGGAAAUGGCACUGGCUGGUCUGUAUGGUUCUUUCCCAGCCUGGCUUCCUUAGGUCCAUUUUCAAAGCUGGAGAUACCAGGAACCGUUCAUCUGCUGAAGCCUCUGUUCAACCCCUGAGCAAAGGGUCUUCUCACGUUUUAUGCUUCAGUUAAUGGCUGGGUGCUACUUGGCUUAUAUGCGCAUGGUCUUCCGUGAUUACAAAAGGUGUAGUCAGAUCCGGGUGCCCUUCUGUGAUGAUUUAAAAAGAAACGAUAAUAAUUCUGCUCCAAGGUGACAAAAAUUCCGCAAUGACAAAAAGGUGGAUUCUGCAACCUGAAUAAAAUUAUUCAAAUAUGCAUGGUU